AUGUCCGACGCGGCGGGUGGUAGUGCGUUGCUGCCGUACGUGUACCAUGAGCGACAGGAGCCUGGGAGUAUGCUUUGUGCACAGCACGCCUUGAAUGGGGUUUUGCAGGACGGUCUUUUUGACGCUACGCACCUUGGCCAACUUGCACAGGAAAUUGCUGCCUACGAGCAUGAAGAGCUUGGCCUGGGCGGCAGCGAGCCAUUGGAAAGUACAUUGGCGCGCCAUAUGGAUGACACGGGCUACUUUAGUGUGGAAGUGAUUGACCGUGCGUGCAAGUCGUGGGAUUUGCGUCUGGAACGCUGGCGAAAUCAAGGUGGGUUACAAACGCGCCACGCCUUUCCUGAGCGGGAAUUCGCGUUUCUCUUGCAUUUGGGGAGCCACUGGUUUACUCUUCGUGGGUUCGGUCGCGAUACGCGGCAAUGGUACAAUCUUAAUAGUUUUUUUGCCAAACCGCAAUGGCUCAGUGCAACAUAUCUGAGCACUUUUUUGGACACGGUCGAGCGCGAAGGAUACACUGUAUUUGUGGUGGAGCAUGACGGCGAUACGUCUCCGUUGCAAAGUAUUGCCGACGAAAUCGCCCUGUCCAAGGGGGGGCGCGGAACGCAAGACGCACCGAUUCAUGUAUUGGACGACGACGAUGCCGAUCUACAGGUUGCACUACAGGUCAGUAUGGAGGACCAGCAGCAAGCUUCGUCCGCACCGGAAGUGGCGCUUCCUAGUGGAUAUCGAAGCAGACGGCGCAGGCAAAGCCUUAUUGAGGAAAUGCCUGCUGCGGACAUGAAUGGGCGUGCUGUUUGGAAGACAAGGCGCAAGCAGGCUUCGCCUUCAUCGGCAUCAAACGAUGCGUUGCAAGACAUGAUGACGCAGCGCUCUCCUUUUUUGCACUCAAGAGCCUCGACACUAUUGGAUAGCGACGUCGAGUCGAUCGAGGAGUUUAGUGAUAACGAGCCACCGCAGCCGCAACGCACGCACGUUGAUGAUGAAGAAGAGCAGCUUCGGGCGGUGAUUGCUGCAAGUCUUGGACAGCCAUACAAAGUACCUGAGCAUAUUUUAACGCAAACAGAGCGUAAAUCGCAACGGAGUCCUUCUCCUCCCAUUGCCGUGCCUGCCGACGUCGAGCGAAUCCGCAAGUUACGUGCGGAGGCAAUAUCAGGAGAGCAGUCUCCCGCGCCUGUGCCCGCCGCCGAGCAAGCAAGUUCAGGGGACGAAGCGGAGGAAGAGGGAAAAGACAUGUCGCCGGACGAAAUACGGCGUCGUCGCCUUGCGCGAUUUGGGUAA